GAAUCUUGAAGGUGAAGUAAUUCAAGCUUUUUUCUCUCCUCUGCUUCUCAAGCGAACCUCAAAAGAUGGGUCGGUUGCUACUUGAGCCACAAGCAAACGCACCUGCCGACGCAAACCCUAAACCCAAAGGAGGCAUAAACGAUACCUACUUCGACACUAACAUGGUUAUCAUUUUAGCUGCUUUACUCUGUGCUUUAAUCUGUGCUCUAAGCCUCAACUCUGCCUUGCGAUGUGUGCUACGCAUAACUCGGAGAUUCACUUCGGAUGAUCAAGUCGCAAACGCUUCAAACGCAAACGCAAAUUCAAGACGUUUAGCGGCUACCACAGGGCUCAAGAAACAGGCGUUGAAACAAAUCCCCGUGGGAUUGUACGGAUCAGGAAUCAUUGACAUGAAAGCUACGGAGUGUUUGAUCUGUCUCGGAGAUUUCGAAGACGGAGAAAAAGUUAGGGUUUUGCCUAAAUGUAACCAUGGCUUCCACGUGAGGUGCAUCGAUACUUGGUUGCUCUCACGUUCCUCUUGCCCCACUUGUAGACAAUCGCUACUCCUUGAGCAGCCGUCGCCGAUGGCUGUUUCCCGGCGGGACGAGGACAUGGUAGUUUCCAUCGUAUAGGGACAUGAUGGUGAUUUCUUAACUAUGCUCUCUCAAGUGAGCUUGGUUUUUGUUUGUUGGUUUCAUAAUUGUUUUUUUUGUGUGUGUGCAAACUAAUGUGAUUAUUUACACAUAUUCUUGUGCUGGUGAAUUUAGUGUGAUGGGUUUUCUUGAAAUCAAGCAAGUCUUUGCUA